GAAAGGUACAGGCAUUGAAGCCUGAGUCACCCCUCUCGAGAAAAAGAGAGGAGUGUGGUAGGAAGAACAUUGAACGCUCCCUGUCAGCACGCAAGCGCAGGCCAGUUGCAGUAAAUAGGUCACCCAGAGCCAAACCAUCAGCUCAGAGCUUAGAGAGUGAGCUCGAGAAGAAAGCAGCUCCAAGGAGCACAGGCGCAAUGGCUGAGGCCGGGCUGGGCGAGACGGUGAGCGAGCUGCAGGAGGCGUACGAGAGCGGCAGGACCCGGAGCGUGGCGUGGCGGCAGGCCCAGCUCAGGGGGCUCCUCCGGCUCCUCAAGGAGAAUGAGGAGGAGGCAUUCCAGGCGCUCCACGAGGACCUCGGCAAGCACCACGCCGAGGCAUACAGGGACGAGGUCGGGCUGCUCGUCAAGUCCACCAACGCCGCGCUGCGUGAGCUCGGCAACUGGAUGGCCCCGGAGAAGGUGUGGGUUCCGCUGAUCGCGUUCCCGGCGAGCGCGCAGAUCGUGCCGGAGCCGCUCGGGGUCGUUCUCAUCUUCUCUUGCUGGAACUUCCCCUUGGGCCUGUCGUUGGAGCCGCUGAUCGGGGCCAUCGCGGCCGGGAACGCCGUGGCACUGAAGCCGUCGGAGCUGUCGCCGUGCACCGCCAAGUUCCUCGGCGACAACAUCGGGAGGUACAUGGACGCCACGGCCGUGAAGGUCGUCCAGGGCGGCUCGGACGUCGGGGAGCUGCUCAUGGAGCACCGAUGGGACAAGGUCCUCUUCACCGGGAGCCCGCGAGUCGCGCGCGUCGUGAUGUCCGCGGCGUCCAGGCACCUGACGCCCGUGGCGCUGGAGCUCGGCGGCAAGUGCCCGUGCAUCUUCGACAGCGCGCGGGACCUGCAGAUCGCCGUGAACCGCAUCAUCGGGGCCAAGUGGUCGUCCUGCGCCGGUCAGGCCUGCAUCGCCAUCGACUACGUGCUGGUCGAGGAGCGCUUCGUGCCCAUCCUGAUCAAGGUGCUCAAGUCGACGCUGAAGAGGUUCUUUUCCGACGCGGAUCACAUGGCACGGAUCGUGAACGCGCGCCACUUCGAGAGGCUGAGCAACCUUCUCAAAGACACGUCGGUGGCGGCAUCCGUCAUCCACGGCGGCUCCAUGGACGCCAAGAACUUGCACAUUGAGCCCACGAUACUGCUCAACCCACCGCUCGACUCCGCAAUCAUGACCGAAGAGAUAUUCGGUCCCCUGCUCCCGAUCAUCACGGUCAAAAAGAUCGAGGACAGCAUCGCCUUUGUGAAAGCCAGGCCGAAGCCGCUCGCCAUCUACGCGUUCACCGGGAACGCGGUGCUUCGACGCCGGAUCGUGGAGGAGACGUCGUCCGGAAGCGUCACGUUCAACGACGCAGUGGUACAGUACGCGAUCGACGCGCUCCCGUUCGGCGGCGUCGGGCAGAGCGGGUUCGGGCAGUACCACGGCAAGUACUCCUUCGAGAUGUUCAGCCACAAGAAGGCGGUUAUGAAACGAGGCUACCUCAUCGAGCUGAAGCUCAGGUACCCGCCCUGGGACGAAAGCAAGGUCGCCCUCAUGCGGCACCUCUACCGCUUCAACUACUUCGGCUUCGUUCUCAGCUUCCUCGGGCUGAGGAGAUAAGCUCGAUCUACGUAAGAAACUCCCCAUGGCCUCUCGGAUCCAAGUCAACGGAUUUGACCGAAUGAAGUGUUGGUGAAUGAACGAACAAUAAGUAAAUAAAACAAUAUGCAGUAACUAUCUAUAAUUAUAUUAUUAUUUGAGUGUUAAAAAAACUAUCAGAUUCACCCUCAAGGUCACGAAUUACCAUAUUAAUCAGGAAAAAAAAGAUCUAGACUAAUCAUUGUUAUAAAUAUUAGUCUAGAUUAAUCGAAA